AAAAAAAAAAAAAAAGACCAAACAGCAUCCUUAAUCUCAUUAUUAUUAAACCACACAAACAAAAGCUUCCUAAGUUGUUUUUCUCUUACUUUCUUCUUCCCUUUCCCAACUUUUUCUUCUUACAACUCUUUAUUACCUUAUUUCCUCCAAACCUUGAACUACCUUCUCUUUACUUUACUUCCAUAAAAAAGUAGCUAGUUUUGUUGUGUCAAUCAACAUGGUGCUUGGAAUUCUUUGGUGUGUUUUUUCAAACAAUUUCCAUUUUUUGUUGAAGGUAAGUGCUAAGUAGUAGAGAGUAGAGACCAUGCCAUCAACACCUAGCUAGCUUUUCAACUCAAAAACCAAAGACAAAUUUGGAACUAGAAAACAAAAAUCAAAAGUAAAUCACAACCUAGAUCCUUGUCUAUCUCUUCCUCUUUUCUAGCUCUUCUUGAUUCCUUCUUUUCAAUUUGCAAACAAUCUAGGGUUGUGACUUUUGUGAAGAUAUUCUUGAUUUGAAUCUUGAAAAAUCUCAUCUAGAGAAGAAGAAGAAGAAGAAAACAUCAUGGAUCAAGUAAGUGCACAAGGUCGUCCACUUCCACCUCCUUUUCUCACUAGAGACCUUCAUCUUCAUCCUCAUCAUCAAUUCCACACCAACCACCAAGCCAACGAUGAAGAACAACAAAGUGGUAAUGGCAACUUAAGCCGAGGUCAAAAGCGAGAGCGAAACAACAACGACGACAUCAACAACACUCCUCCGGGCGGAGAUGGAAAAGACGACGGCGGAAGUGGAAGCGGCGGUGGGGGUAGUGGUGGUGAGAUGGGAAGAAGACCAAGAGGAAGACCAGCAGGUUCGAAAAACAAACCAAAACCGCCGAUUAUCAUCACGAGGGACAGCGCGAACGCGCUAAGAUCCCACGUGAUGGAAGUCGCGAACGGAUGCGACAUCAUGGAAAGUGUGACGGUCUUUGCGCGGAGGAGGCAGCGUGGUGUCUGCAUCCUCAGCGGAAGUGGGACCGUCACAAACGUGACUCUCCGUCAACCAGCAUCGCCGGGUGCGGUAGUCACACUUCACGGAAGAUUCGAGAUUUUAUCUUUAUCCGGCUCGUUCCUCCCGCCGCCUGCUCCACCAGCAGCGUCAGGACUAGCCAUAUAUCUUGCUGGUGGACAAGGACAGGUCGUCGGCGGAAGCGUGGUGGGACCGUUGUUGGCUUCCGGUCCCGUUGUUAUCAUGGCAGCCUCCUUCGGAAAUGCAGCAUACGAAAGAUUGCCUUUAGAAGACGAAGAAACACCGGUGAAUGUUCAAGGAAGUGGAGGAUUAGGCUCACCCGGAACUCUGAGUACUCAACAGCAACAACAGCAGCAACAACAACAACUCGUUCAAGAUCCUAACAGCACUUCACCACUUUUCCAUGGUGUUCCUCAAAAUCUUCUCAAUUCAUGCCAAUUACCAGCUGAAGGUUAUUGGGGUGGAAGUGUUCGUCCUCCAUUUUAACCCCCCAAAAAAAGCUAUUCCCUUAAUCACUUCUCAUCAUGCUUUUUUCGUUUUAUCUUAAUUUGUUUUUGUUUCACUCUUUUACUUUCUCUUCAUCACUUGUUCAUUCUCCUUCUCAUAACUUAGUUUAAAUUCAAGACUUUUUCUUCGAUCAUGGUAUUGACUCUUCUUAAUGGUGUUGAAUUAAAGAACGAUGUAUAAAUUCAUGAAUUAAUUUUUGGUGGAGUUUGAAUUAUUUGAU